ACGUUUGCGUACAGACGAUGUAUACGACACCAUCGAUUGGCUCUCUAGUUUUAUGUUAUUCAGUAGUUUGUUCUUUAAACAAUGGUGUCGUAGUAUACGAUAAAGUUAUUUUUUAUCAUGAAUCUUAGGGAACUGUUCCAGGAUUUUAAUCCCAGCAAAUUCCUCAUAUAUGCAUCCCUUUUGUUAUUCUCCGUGUUGCUUGUUCUGAGACUCGAUGGAGUCAUCCAGUGGAGCUACUGGGCUGUGUUCACGCCAAUUUGGUUGUGGAAGCUUAUGGUUGUCGUCGGUGCUUCCGUUGGCACUGGUGUCUGGGCUUACAACCCACGGUACAGAGCGGAGGGGGAGAUGUGUGUGGAGUUCAAAGCCAUGCUGAUAGCAGUGGGCAUCCAUGUUCUGCUGCUGAUGUUUGAAGUGCUGGUGUGUGACAGGAUUGAAAGGGGCUCUUACUUCUGGUUGCUUGUCUUCAUGCCCCUCUUCUUCAUCUCCCCUCUGUCAGUGGCUGCCUGUGUGUGGGGAUUCCGCCAUGAUCGCUCACUGGAGCUGGAGAUUAUGUGCUCAGUUAACAUCCUCCAGUUCAUCUUCAUUGCCUUGCGACUAGACAAUAUCAUCAGCUGGUCUUGGCUGGUAGUGUGUGUGCCGCUGUGGAUCCUCAUGUCUUUCCUGUGCCUGGUGGUGCUCUACUACAUCAUCUGGUCCAUGCUGUUCCUCCACUCUGUGGACGUAAUUGCUGAGCAGCGCCGGACUUACGUCAGCAUGGCUGUGCGCUGGAUGACCAUUGUGGUGCCCCUCCUUAUCUUCGAGGUCCUCCUGGUGCAUAAGCUGGACGGCUAUAACAAAUUGAGCUUUGUGUCUGUGUUUGUGCCUUUGUGGAUCUCGUUGGUCACUCUGUUGAUCACCACCUUGGGGCAAAAGGGCGGCAAUCACUGGUGGUUUGGCAUUCGCAAAGAUUUCUGCCACUUCCUGCUAGAGCUCCUCCCAUUCCUGCGAGAGUAUGGCAACAUCUCCUACAACCUGCAGCAUGAUGACUCAGAAGCCAUAGAGGAGAUGCCUGCCAUACCUGAACCUCAGAAAAACACCUCCAUUUUCCAGCACAAGGAGGUGAUACUGCCCAGUCCUGGGAAGUACUUUGGCCCGCCCCCUAAACUGUACAUAGACAUGCCUGACUGAAAGAUGUGUGUUCUUCCCAGGUCUGUACAGUUUACAGAAGGCUUGGAACAAAGACUAUUUUUUUGCUGUUGGUUUUCUGUUCUUUUUCUAAUGACUUAUGACCUUUUGAUGAUAAAAAGAAUGAUGGUAAAGACCUGGUGUCAGUAAUGGGAUUAGUGUAUCACUACUGCUCCACAACUAUAUAGUCAAACCAA